AUGGCGUCUCGAUUUCUGGUUUUUUAUCUACAUGAUAAUAGCUCAACUGUCCGUGUACUUGUUUUCCAAACAGCGGAUGCUCUGUCUGCUUUGAAAAAAGCCUUGGUUGAUCCAAACGGUGUACUUGAAAGCUGGGACGAAAGUCUUGCUGAUCCUUGCACCUGGUUUCACAUUGUAUGCAAUAAUGAUAACAAAGUCAUAAGACUGGAUCGUGGUGAUCAUGGACUCGGGGGAUCUCUUGUCCCUGAACUUGGAUCUUUGGGAGAUCUUGAACGUCUGGAGAUUUUUCACAAUAACAUCACUGGAUCGAUUCCAGCCGAACUCGGAAAUUUAUCAAAACUGAUCAGCUUGGACCUGUACGAAAAUAAACUCAAUGGUACAAUUCCAGAUUCGCUUGGCAAGUUGAAAGCUUUACGAUUCAUGAGAUUGAACAAUAACCAGCUAACGGGCAAAGUACCAGAGAGUGUCAAAGCCCUGGAAAAGGGAAAUUUGAUAAUCCUGAACGUUACAAAUAAUCAUUUGUCAGGCUGA